AUGAGGACCCUUCCGUACAACAGGAAAGCCAGGGCAGCAGGAGCAGAGACGGGUCCAGGCCUUGUGGCCACUGUCUGGUCCUGGGCAGAGAAAACCAUCAAGAAAUGGUGGUCCUUGGACCCUGGAAAGCGGGUCUCCUCACUGGCCCUGGGUCCAGGAGCUUGCAGCCAAGCAUUCCUUUUGAGGUCACUCCCAGAGGCUGGGGCAGGGCGGAGCAGCGAUGAAGAGCAGAUCGGAGCUCCCGAGCCACUGCGCACUGCCCAGCUGCCCAGAAGCCGGGAACCUGGUCAGCCCCACAUAGGCCCCCACUGGCGAACCACUCUGAGGACCAUGCUCAAUGUGUCCCCCACCUCUGCUGGGUCUGGGCCCCUCUCUGGCCCCAGGGCCCCCGGCAACAGCAGCGAGAAGGAGCUGGAGCCCCGGGACCCGCUGCUGGCCCGGGCCGAGCUGGCUCUGCUCUCCACAGUCUUUGUGGCUGUGUGCCUGAGCAAUGGCCUGGUGUUGGGUGCCCUGGUGCGGCGGGGGCGGCGGGGCCGCUGGGCACCCAUGCACGUCUUCAUCGGUCACUUGUGCCUGGCUGACCUGGCAGUGGGCUUGUUCCAAGUGCUGCCCCAGCUGGCCUGGGAUGCCACCGACCGCUUCUGGGGGCCAGACGUCCUGUGCAGGGCCGUCAAGUACCUGCAGAUGGUGGGCAUGUACGCUUCCUCCUACAUGAUUCUGGCCAUGACCCUAGACCGCCACCGCGCCAUCUGCCGCCCCAUGCUGGCCUACCGCCACGGUGGUGGCGGGGCUCGCUGGAACCGGCCGGUGCUGGUCGCCUGGGCCUGCUCGCUCCUUUUCAGCCUGCCACAACUCUUCAUCUUCGCUCAGCGUGAUGUAAGCAAUGGCAAUGGAGUCCUCGACUGCUGGGCCUAUUUUGUUGAGCCCUGGGGCCGCCGUACCUACGUCACCUGGAUCGCCCUGAUGGUGUUUGUGGCCCCUGCCUUGGGUAUCGCCGCCUGCCAGGUACUCAUCUUCCGGGAGAUCCACACCAGCCUGGUGCCUGGGCCAGCAGCGAGGCCUGGGGGGCAGCGUGGCAGGCCGCGGCCAGGUGGCUCCAGCGAGGGAGCCCGGGUCUCAGCAGCCAUGGCCAAGACAGUAAGGAUGACUCUGGUGAUUGUGAUCAUGUAUGUGCUAUGCUGGGCACCUUUCUUCCUCGUGCAGCUGUGGGCCGUGUGGGACCCAGAGGCCCCUCUGGAAGGCCCCCCAUUUGUGCUGCUCAUGCUACUGGCCAGCCUCAACAGCUGCACCAACCCCUGGGUUUACGCCUUCUUCAGUAGCAGUGUCUCCUCGGAGCUGCGCAGUUUGCUGUGCGGCCGUUGGAGACAUGCCCCUCCCAGCCUGGGGCCCCAGGAGGAAUCUUGUGCCACGGCCAGCUCCUCCCUGGCCAAGGAGCCAUCUUUAUGA